UGUAGUUAUUCAGCCAACCGCGCUCGACAAGGCUUCGCUUCCUGACCCGGAAGUGAACACUCACUCCAACAUGGCGAUGUGGAGGAGCAAUUUCGUUCUGCUGUGCCGGACUGGCGAGGACGUUCUCCGGAGCGUGAGGGGAAGCAGCAGGUGGACUCCCAGCUUCGAGCAGCGUUCCGGCUUCCGGAAAGUCGGCAGGAAGCCGGAAAGCAAAAAAGGGGAGGAUGAACUUGGACACUUGAACUCGUCAGAGGCGGCGUCCCACCGGCGGACGUACAGCCCUCACUGGGAAUCGCCGCCGCCUCCGUCGUCCGGCACGCCGCGCGCCUUCGGGCGCCUGGUGCGCCCGCUGCUCUUCACCGUGGGGUUUACAGGCUGCUCCUUCGGCUCGGCGGCCAUCUGGCAGUACGAGUCGCUCAAGGUGCGCGUGCAGAACUACUUCGACGAGCUGCGAGCCGAUUGGCUGGAGAGGGUGCGGCCGCAGAAGCGAGGGGACGUCCGCAAGGAGGUCAACCAGUGGUGGAACAGUUUGAGUGAGGGACAGAGGACGGUCACAGCCAUCGUGGCGGCGAACGUGCUGGUUUUCUGCUGCUGGCGACUCCCGUGGCUGCAGCGCUCCAUGUUCAAGUACUUCACCGCAGACCCCGCCUCCAGUCAGACAAGCUCGUCGUCGUUGGCACUUGAGGAGACCCGUCGAGUGCGUAUUUGCGUUCUUCAUGUGUUGUGCGUGUUUGCCUCCAGAGACGCUGUGCUGGCCCAUGCUGCUGUCCACUUUCAGCCACGUGUCCUUCUUCCACAUGGCCGCCAACAUGUACGUCCUGUGGAGCUUCUCCAGCAGCGCCGUCUCCAUGCUGGGGAGGGAACAGUUCGUGGCCGUCUACUUGUCGGCCGGCGUGAUUUCCACCUUCUUCAGCUACGUGAGCAAAAUGGCCAGCGGGCGGUUCGGUCCGUCUCUGGGCGCGUCGGGCGCCAUCAUGACGAUCCUGGCCGCAGUUUGCACCAAAAUGCCCGAAGCCAAACUGGCCGUCGUCUUCCUCCCGAUGUUCACGUUCAGCGCCGCCAACGUACGACCGUCCGUUCGCGCUUCUGCCGUCCUUCCGCUCGUCCGCCUGUCCGUCCACUGGUCCGUCUCGUUGUCUCUGCGCAGGCGCUGAAGGCCAUCGUCGCCAUGGAUACGGCAGGUUUGGUGCUGGGUUGGAGGUUUUUCGACCAUGCGGCGCACCUGGGAGGCGCCUUGUUUGGCAUUUGGUACAUCCUCUACGGCCACGAGCGCAUUUGGAUGAACCGCGAGCCUUUUGUCAAGUUUUGGCACGAGCUGCGGACCGGUCGCGGCGGCGGAAACGGAGGUGAGCGAGGAGGCUCCGUGUAGGACGCUCGAACGCCGCGCCCGACGUGAUCGAUACUCGUUGGGAACUUGGGGAAACAGUCGCCGCUGUACAGACCAGACCAGACCAGACCGGCCAGCCACUUGGUGUAUGAAGAUGUCACAGCUGAUUUCAUACUUUGUCACUGAAGUCUUGAAAAUGAUGUUUUAUAAGGCGAUUAGUACAAUCUCAUCUCUUUAUUCCUGUCCGGAUUGUCUAGGCAAAAAAGACAAAGGUCUUUGUUUCGUCUGUUUUUUGGACUCCCCUUACGUAGGAAUCGGAAACAAAAGAUUCGAUCUUGACCGCAAAUGUUCUUUGUCUUUGGAAAUCUCUUUACUUCUGUCCCCCCGAUCGUCUUGCCAAAGCGCUAGCCGAGGCAAUCUCGCUUCGUCCGCAGAACCAAAACACGCGAUUACGCUCAUGGAUCUUCGUUGUUGUGGGAUUUUUAGAUCAUGUAAUUGAAACAAAAUACUAGUAAAUGAGGAUGGGAUGGGGAAAAAAAGUUUAGUUUAGCUUUUUGCUCGAAAAGGUCGCUAAUUCUGGAAGUGACAAAUGGCACUUUGGCAAGACGCCCGCUCACCCGCAGUCAUUUGGCCUGCUGCUUUAUGUUGUUUAGGGAUUUUUUGCGACACCAAUAAAGACACAUUUGAAAGCG